AUGUUCAUCUUGUGGCUGAGGCACAUUGUCAAGACAGCCGCAUUUCGAUCGUACAGUCUCCUCACCGUACUCCUGCGACUGGUCCGACACUGUCAAUCCAUCCUGAAUGGGAAGGAGGAAGACUUCCGUGAACGGCCUGGUGGUUUAGCAUUGAGCUCUCAGCCAGGGACCAGCUUGAACCAACCCGACUCCGAGCCGGCGCCUCCUGUGAGCCUUGCAGUGCCGUUGCUCGAGGCACCUCUACAGAGUAUACACAGCCAAGGGUCCCAACCUCAAAUGGGCACUCAGCAUCUUCAGAUGAUUCCUGGGCUUCAUGGAGGGUCGAAUGAUGCAGCUUUUAACACAGACUUUCCUUCGAACUCUGUACUCGAACUCAGCAUCCCCCAAAAUAAUAUCCAAAUCACUAUGCCAUCGCCUCUUGCGGCGCAAGGCCAAACCUUUGAUAUCACUCUAAUUCCCAUUAUACCCCGCCAGAUCAAUCGAUACCGGAGGAAUGUGCGAGUUACAACUGAGUUCAAGGUGUUCUUGGUUCAAAAAGGUCCUCUGGACUGUUCAGAGGAGCUUUGUCCAACAGCGGGAUGGGAGCCACUCACGCAACCAGAAGGGGCUUUGAUCUUCUAUCACCCAUAUAAAAGAGUUUUCACUGAUGCCGAUGCUCGAGAUCCUAAAACUGCUGCCAAAUUAGCCACAGCUGUUGAAAAGGCGUACAAAGGAGCGUGCAAUGCAGACAUCUUUCUGCAUCCAUCCGUCGAGCUCGUGUUGGAGUUCAUGAUGCAGGCUGGCAAAGAAACAUGGGGCUACUACUUUGUUGACCACAAACGACGUGUCAUUUUCUGGUUCGAAGAUUACAAAUCAUAUCCCCUCAUGGACGGCGUUCGAGGUGUAGAGCGCAAGAGCCACAUCAAGUAUGCACUAGAAACACAGUAUUGGACACACAUUGAAUUAUUUCCAAACAAACGUUCCCUUCCGGAAGAUGUCGCCAUGGAACUCAAAGAACUUGUCAUGUAUACCCAGGCAGACAGUAUCACUUCUGCAACAUCCCUAACACGCUUUACUUCGGAUAAGAUUGCAAGUAUGCUCAGCCUUAUAGAUCUUCUUGAGGACAGUACUAACAAGGAGUGUGAGCACUCUGUAUGGAUCGCCGCUCGAUUUAUGAAAAAUCUCUGCAGCACAAAGUUCAUGAAUUUCUGUGGACAGCCAAGCGCCAGACUUGACGUAGACCAGUCGUUAUACGGAGAAUCUGACACCUCCAAAAACAUGCUUUUUCGUGCGAUGAAUGUUAUUUUAUUUGGAUCCCCUGAUGCACAGAGCAGGGCCUUCCACAAGAUAUUGGUCGAUCAAAACAUCGUUGAUGCGCGGUGGAAGCAGUACAUAGACAAGCUGAAUAGCGACUGGAAUGGAUAUACGAUAUUUUCUACUGUGAUGCUUGCUGUUGAUAUCAGCUUUCUCGCAGUCCCAUCUAUCGAGACUCAAACGCCUGCGACCCUCCUAUCUUACAUGUCUACUCUCUGCGUCAUGGGCUCGUUAAUAGUUACACUAUUAUUGGUUGGACAUGUUAAUAAGAGUCUACGAGGCUCUCUUACGGACGGGGUUUCUUUCUUAAUAGGAAUGACGGGUUCUUUGCUUGGCUUGGAAAGCUUUCCCUUUAUGCUCAGUCUACCGUUCGGCCUUCUGAUAUGGGGAAUAGUAUCCUUUGCUGCAGCAUUGUCUGUUGUAAUUUUCCGCACUUCUGGCAUUGCCAUCAUCUCGAUCGCGUAUCCGACAUGGGUCGUCAUAGCCAUUCUAGCCAUGUGGUCUGUACUGGCUGCAAAUCAUAUUCACGUUGGGUCCCUCCUGCGACGCUGGCUUCGCAUCCAGUACAGGAACACGAGUCAAUUCAUUGUUUACCUGUGGAACAGGAUCAUAGAACAAGUGCCAGUGACUACCCCCUCUCAUGUCUAA